AUGGAGAAGCACGAUCUCGUGGAGUCGCCGCGCAAGCGGCAGAAGACCGGUGAUGCUGGCCCAGAGGAGGUUGUAGUCGCUGGCGACGGCGCCGCAGAUGUCCCAACCACUCCCGGCGCAGCUCCGGACGCUCAGGCUGUCAAGGAAGUUGAGGUCGGAAUCACCGAAUUCGUGAGUUCUGACAACGAGGGAUUUUCGGGUAUCUUGAAAAAGAGAUACACCGAUUUCAUGGUCAACGAGAUCACGACCGCCGGCGAAGUUGUUCACCUCCACAAUACGAACGCGCCGAAUGCUGCCCCCAAGCCCAACCCUGUUGAAAAGGCCCCAGAGACGGAGAUUAAGGCUCCGGAGCAGACUGAGGAAACUCAGCCAAAAGCCGAGCAAGCACCAGUCGAAUUCCAAGUGUCGGAUGAGGACCGCGCUCUUCUUGGCGAAUUCUUCGGCGCGGAAAAUGCCACUACAAUCAUUACCAUGCACAAAGAAGCUAUGGCUAAGCCGAGGGCCCGGCCGAGCGAAUUCGGCAAAAUCAGGGUUGCUAUCUCUGAUCGCGACUUGCGUACCAAGAUCCACCAGAAUAUUCGUCGCAUCUUCAACUCUGAGAUCGACUCGACCACAGACCAGGAUGGCAUGAUGGCUAUCACCGCGGCGAACAACCGUUUCAAGCGUGAUUCGAACAAAGGAGGACGCGGCGGCGGCGAUGGAGGAGCCCGUGGUCAGGGCAACCGUACCAACUGGGAAGAACUCGGCGGACCCUAUCUGCACUUCACAAUCUACAAGGAGAACAAAGACACCAUGGAAGUUAUCUCCUUCAUCGCUCGCUCACUGAAGAUGAACGCCAAGUCCUUCCAGUUUGCCGGAACCAAGGAUCGUCGCGGCGUUACCGCGCAGCGUGCUUGCGCCACCCGUGUUCUCGCUGAGCGACUUGCGAGAUUGAAUCCGACUCUUCGCAAUGCCACUCUUGGCGACUUCAAAUACAGCAAGCAGGGCCUGGACCUGGGAGAUCUGCAGGGCAACGAGUUCCUGAUUACUCUGCGCGAGGCUGACAUUCCCGGUGUCAACUUGAGUGACCCUCAAAGCGCAGUCGCCAAGGCCACCGAGGUAGUUGGCACUUCUCUGAAGAACCUCCGCGAGCGCGGAUACUUCAACUACUAUGGCCUUCAGCGAUUCGGAACCUUCACUACUCGGACUGACACUGUCGGUGUCAAGAUUCUACAGUCAGAUUUCAAGGGUGCAUGCGAUGCCAUCUUGUCUUACAGCCCUCACGUUCUGGAGGCGGCAAAGCAAGGCGAUGCUUCUACCAUGAACAUUAGCAACGAUGACAAGGCUCGUGCUAUGGCCAUUCAUAUGUUUGAGACCAAGCUCGAGACCGAGGCCAGAACCAGCACCAAUGACAUCUUGUCGAAACUUCCGCGCAAGUUCUCCGCUGAAAGCAAUAUUAUCCGCCACCUCAUUAACUCGCGCAAUGAUUAUUUGGGUGCUCUGCAAACCAUUCCCCGCAACCUGCGGUUGAUGUACGUGCACGCGUACCAGUCUCUUGUCUGGAACUUUGCUGUCGGUGAGCGCUGGCGACUCUACGGCGACCGAGUUGUGGAAGGCGAUCUUGUGAUUGUCCAAGAGCACCGUGACAAGGAGGCUGAAGCCCCUGAGGUCAAAGACGAUACUGUUGAUGCAGACGGCGAGAUCAUCAUCGUUCCUCAAGGCGAGGACAGCGCCACCGCGGCUGAGGAUAUGUUCACCCGCGCCCGGGCUCUGACUGCUGAAGAGGCAGCCAGCGGCAAAUACACCCUGUUUGAUCUCGUUCUCCCCCAGCCUGGAUAUGAUAUUAUCUACCCGGCCAACCAAGUGAAAGAUUUCUACAGUCGCUUCAUGGGCAGUGAGCAGGGCGGUAAAUUGGAUCCUUUCGACAUGCGCCGCAAAUGGCGUGAUGCCAGUCUGAGCGGUAGCUACCGCAAGAUCUUCAGCCGCAUGGGUGCCGACUACUCCUUUGAUGUCAAGCUGUACUCCAAGGACGAUCAGCAGUUCGUGCCAACUGACAUGGACAAGUUGAAGCAAAGGGAUGCCGAUAUCACCAUCGCCACAGACGACCAGCCAGAUAAGUUGGCUGUCAUCCUGAAGUUCCAGCUGGGAUCCAGUCAAUACGCCACUAUGGCUCUUCGCGAGUUGACAAAGGGCAAGAUGACUGCCUACAAAGCUGACUUUGGGGGUGGAAGAUAA